GCUUGCGUUUCAAAUCAGUGAUUAGCAUGUGACAGUCCCAUCCCGGGAAACGUCAAACCACCAUUACAGUUCUCUCUCCUUUCCUGCACAGUGCUAAUUCCCAACUCUGGCAACCGCCAGUGCUGAAGGAUCUUCAGACAGCCUGGGGGUUCAGACCAGCUGACCCAUCGCAGGGCUCACAUGUGGGCAGCUCUAAGCCAUGGGAUGUUCCCAGUGACCAGCCAGAACCUUCCAGAGUAAGGACAGGAGUCCCUCCGAGGACGCACACCCUAUAGCAGCCAUGGACUCAAACAAACAAGAAGGAGAGACUGAAAGUGUGCCUGUGAGUACCCCUGCAACACAGAUUUCCCAGGACUCAAGCGCCUGAGUUCCCCGGGGUGGCUGUCCUCUUACCAUCAGUGCUCCAGUUUUGGACUCAGUUUAUAACCAGAUGUUAGGCCGAAUUUCUGUUGUAAAGUUGCAGGCAUUAGCCUCUGAGUUGAAGGCGGGUUUCACAGAAGCAAUGCAGGAGCUGUCACGGAUCCAGCAUGGCGAGUACGCCCUGGAGGAGAAGGUCAAGAGCUGCCGCUGUGCCAUGGAAGAGAAAGUGGCUGAGAUGAAGAAUUCCCUCAACACGUUCAAGGAGGAGCUCAGCGAUGCAAAAUCAAUGAUUGAAGAAAUCAGUGCCAAGCAGGAGGAAAUGCAACAGAAAAUUGAGCAGCUGCAGCAAGAGAAGAGGCGGGAAUCACGGAAAAUGAAAGCUAAAAGAGCACAGAAGGAUGAUCAUGGGUCACAGACGGUACCUACACCUCUCCAGGGCAGCCCAUUUCGAUCCAUUAACCUCCCAGAACCUGUGCUGAUCAAUGAAGAUUUUACAAGUCUUUUACACAAUGUGACUUAUGAAAAAGUGUCUGACACCAGGAUCAUGCCAAUGGGAGAAGGAAGCGUGAAAGUCGUAGGAGGCCCAGGAGCACCCAUAGAGACAGAUGACAGCCUGAAGCCAUCUUUGACAACAGAGGGGCAGCCAAAAGUACAUCUGCCAUCAACAGUGUGGAAGCAGCCCAAGGACACCAAGGACUGGGGAGAUGAAUACAUUUCAAAAGAGCAACCAGAGAGAGGGAAAGACAUGGGCCAAAGCAGAUACAGCUCAGCUGACAACAUUAUAUGUGAACCCUCUUUGGCUGUCAAAAGGCAGAACAUCGCUUUGGAGCUGCUGGAGUCAGAAAGGAAAUAUGUCAUCAACCUUUCCCUAAUCCUGAAGAUCAAGGCCACGUUGCAAGGCCCAGAUGUGAAAAGGAGCACCAAAGAGAGAAGUUUCUUCCCCAACUCUUUGCGGUACCUGGUCCAGCAGCAUGUCGACCUACUUCACGCUCUGCAGGAGCGAGUCCUGAGCUGGCCACGACAAGGAAUUCUAGGAGACAUCUUCCUGAAAUUAACAAAUGACGAGAAUAACUUCUUGGACUACUACGUUGCUUACCUGAGGGACCUGCCAGAAUGCAUCUCUCUGAUCCAUGUGGUGAUCCUGAAGGAGGUAGAAGAAGAAAUCAAGUCUGAUCUCUACAUUCUGUUCUUCCAUAUAGUCCAGCGAAUCCCUGAAUACCUUAUUCAUCUACAGAAUGUCCUGAAAUUCACGGACCAAGAGCAUCCUGACUAUUACCUGCUGCUGGUGUGUGUGCAGCGCCUCCGGGUUUUCAUCUCACACUAUAGUCUCCUCUUCCAAUGCAAUGAAGACCUCCUUAUACAGAAGAGGAAAAAGCUGAAGAACACGACGAUGGAUUUCUCCUCCCUCAGGUCAUCCCUGGUGAAGCUGUACAAAGGUCUUACCUCCCAGUGUACGAGCCAAGAGGUUUCUCCAACACCCAGUGCGACAUCUAUCCGGGACAGUGGGAUCCACUCAGAAGAGACAAUACAGUCAUUCCCACCAGCACCUUCCUCUGGCACCACAACCCCGCAUUUGAUGCCCCAGAUGAAGAAACCCCAGCCAACUGUGAUGGAGAACAUCCAGGCUGUAAAGUCCCCUGACUGGGAAAUGGAAAGUAGAAAACAUGAGAGGCCAGAGAACAUCCUUGCAUCCUCCCAGCUCACAGAGCAGGAACUCAAGGCUUUGACAGCCCCUUUACAAUCCAUCCCUGAAAUGGAGUAUGAGGCACCGCCAGCUGAUGCGGUGGGAAACACCGACAGAGCCAUCAGGACCUCUGUGGAGCUGCUGCAGGAUGCGAGAAACUUUGCACCAAGCUAUGAAGAGUUUGACUACCCCGGGGAGGUUUUCACCCUGCCAGGACCCUAUGAAGAUGAUGCCUUCCAAAACAUCGCUCUCUUUGAGAAUUGCUCCCCAGCCUCUUCCGAGUCCAGCUUAGACAUUUGCUUCCUUAGGCCUGUUAACUUCACAUCAGAACCAGAGAGGACAGAUCAUGCCUUACAGCCAUUGCCUAAGAGCUGCACUCCUGUAAGCAGCAGUACUUACAAGCGUGAGAUGUUCCACAGCAAAGGCAAGCAGCUGAGCAGGUCUCUGAAGGAGCUGCCAAGGAGCGCUGAGGGUGUGAGCACCAGGCUCUACAGCACACGGAGCAGCAGCGGGAGCCGGCUGCAGCAGAAGCAGGAGAGGAAUGUCCAGCCUCACAUGAUCUCAGCCUCAUCUCGAAGCUCCCAAAGGAGCUACUUCCCCCCACAGAGAGGAGCGGGUGAAAAACAGAGCUUUUUGGAAGAGCUCCAUGCAGAAGACAACACCAGGUUCUGCCAGAAGGAUGACAAUGAGCAAACAUCCUUCAGCGACCACAACCCACGGCACGAGCCCAAGGGGGGUUUCCGGAGCUCCUUCCGCAAGCUCUUCAAAAAGAAAUAAGCAGCCCCAGGAAAGGCAGGCCACAGCCUAAGUGCAACAGUGCUUCCCCAGGUCCCCGAGGGUGGAGGCAGACAGCAAGGCCCCAAGUACCCCUUUGCUAACACAGUAGGUGGAGGGGUGGGGGAGAGAAGACUGUCACAAUUGCCUUACAAAUGCAUCCCUGCUCUUAGCACAGGGCAGGGCCAGGCUAUGGGUUGAAGUGUAGCUCAGCCAGCAGGUCCAGUAAGCACAGGAACUUGCUAGCCUUCACCCCUGCCUGACUGAACUUUCCUCAGAAAGUUUUGGAAAGCUUUGGCCAAAUCCCUGUAUCUUCUUCUCCCCCUCAUCCCCCAACGCUGCUUGAUUUGCCAUCCGUCUCUUCCAAAUUCAAGCCAGGUCUAAUUUGGGCUCACCCCACAAUAGCAGGGUUACCUCUGCAGCCUUGGCAUCCUGCCCAGAAGCCUGAAAUCCCUUCUUUUCUCCACUUUCAUUCCCCCCCCCAAAAAAAACC